AUGUAGGGAUCGAGACCCCUCUGUCUUCACUAUUGUGAUGUUGUCACUCAUCCUGUCAGUGGAAAGUUGUCAUCAUUGUCUUCUACAUGACACCUGUACAUAAGAAAACAAAAUAGUGUCAUGGAUCAACAUCCUGUUGAUGACGAGGGCCAAACCGAUGAUAGAUUAAGAGAAAGUGGACAAAAGACAAAAUUCAUGAAAGAAAACAAAAAACAAAAAAGAUCAAUAUUAACUAAAAGUUCUGAUAAAAGCAGAGUUACAUUGAUGCCAAAUAGUGAUGAAGGUGAAACCUACAAAAGUCAAAGGAAAAUAAAGUCAAAACAAUUCUCUGGUCAAGAUGAUGAAAUGAUUCAUAGAAAGAAAACGAAAAGUACAAAAUAUAAGAAAGAAGAGGAUGAAUUUGAGGAGAGUUCAGAAGGAGAAGAUGUGGAUGAACAGUCUGAGAUGGAAUCUACAGAUGAAGAUAUCAACCAUGAAGAAUAUGCAGCCAUGCGUGAAGAAAUAGCAAACAUGCCGUUUGAGGAUUUAAUCAAGUUAAAGGAAAGGCUUGGAACAAAAGCAUACAACAAGGCCAUGCACAAAGACAAACCCCUGGGUGUGAGGGGCAGGCAGCAGUUCAAAAGGAAAAACAAAAACAGACCAAUGGAGAUGUCAUCAAAGAGACGUGCGCCUGCGGUCAGAGAGAUUAUCCCUGUAAAGAAAAAGGUUAACCGUGACCCCAGAUUUGAUGACCUUUCUGGAGAAUUCAGGGAGGAUCUUUUCAACAAAUCCUACUCCUUUCUUACAGACAUUAGAGUCCGGGAAAGAGAUAGAGUACAAAAUCAAUUGAAGAGAGUCAAGGAUUCAGAGAAGAAACAAGAUCUUCACUACCUACUUAAUCGUAUGAAACAACAAGAAAUGGCGACAAGUCAGAAACAAAAGAGGCAGGACCUUGAAAAGAAGUGGAAACAGAAGGAGAAGGAACGAGUGAAAGAAGGAAAGAAUCCAUUCUAUCUCAAGAAAGGGGAUCUACGGAAACUAGAGUUAGCAGAAAAGUACAGAGAGCUCAAAAAAUCUGGAAAAGUUGAUAAUUAUCUCAGUAAAAAGAGAAAGAAAACUGCUUCAAAAGAGAAAAAGAAGUUACCCUUACCAGCAAAACAAUUUGGAUUUACAUGAUCAUUAUUUUCUAUAAAGUUUCAUUAUAAAAA